AUGAAGUCAUCGAGAAUGAAAUUUGCAAAGAAGUUGAAAUCGAUUAAAGCCGGGGAAUAUCUCAAUCAGGAUCGGAUUCUCCAGGUUCUUUCAGCUGCAGAUGGGAUCUCCGAUUAUCUCCCCAAGAUAUCGAAUCCUAUUUCCCAGAUUACAGUAGGUUCAAUGUGGAGAUCUCCUCAGAAGAUUGAAGAUCGUCAGAUUGGAUAUGUACCGGAACUUGUGGAAACCCAGAAAGAAGGAGAAGAAGAAGCUUCUGGAAGUUUCGUCGGCGAUGAGGAGAACGUCCGGCCUCCGGUGAAUCAGAUUCCGAGAGUUCCCUGUGACCGGAAAGAUAGUAAACCGGCAGUUUCUUGCGGAUCUGGAUUUCGAAGACCUGAUUUGAAUUCGACAACUCUUUUCGAUCCGAAGCUACUCGAAGCGUUCGAAUUAGCUUUGGUAUGCUUAAGAAGAAUAGACGAUUUCUCCAGAGAAUCCAGAGUCGAUGAUGAAGAAGACGUUAUCUUCUUUUCCGUCGAGGAAGAGUCUAUCGAAAAAGACGAGAAUGCCCUUUCUCCGGUAAUAGGCAUCGAAGAAGAUAGUCGGAAAGACGAAAUUGUCCUUCUCAAUGACGCCCAGCGAAAUGAAGGGAGUUUACGAGAAGACGAUUAUACCCUUCAGAUAGGAAAGGAGAUCGCCGUAGAAGUCGGACUCAUCGGAGAAGACGAGAGUGGAAAAGACGGGAAUACCCUUCUCGACCCGUUAUUGGAAUUCGAGGAACGGUGUCCUCCGGGAGGAGAAGAAUCCGUUGUUUUCUACACGACGACUCUCCGUGGAAUCAGGAAAACGUUCGACGACUGUAACAUGAUCCGGUUUCUACUGGAUAGCUUUAAGGUUAAGUACUACGAGAGAGACGUGUCAAUGCACAGAGAAUACAGGGAAGAGCUCCGGCGAGUUUCAGCGGCGGAGGAAAGAGAGGUUUUGCCUCCAGUUCUGUUCGUAAAGGGAAGAUGCAUCGGCGGAGCUCAACGAGUAUUGGGUCUGCACGAGCAAGGGAAGUUUAGGGUCUUAUUUGACGGAGUUCCACUCGCCGGAGAAGAACGUUGCCGGAGAUGCGAUGGGUGUAGGUUUUUGAUGUGUGAGGGAUGCAGCGGAAGUCGCCGGAUAAUCGCCGGUGAUGGAACAAGGAUUCAGUGUUUGUUAUGUAACGAGAAUGGGCUCAUAGUGUGCGUUAAUUGCUCGUAA